GAGGGAUUUUGAAAAACAAAGGAAACAUUUCUCCUACGAAGGGUGAAAGUGAGUCAAAACUUUGCGAAAACGUCACUUCUGGUAGAUGGGUGGGAGCGACCAAACAUUUGUUGAAAACCAACUUAAACCACACACCACUUGGGGAAAGUGUUAGGGUUGAGAUGAAUGAAAAUCAGAUCCCUGAUGACAGAGCGAUGGAACGUCGAAAUGAUAUAAUCAAGGGGGUUACAAUCCUGUCAAACAAUCCAGCUGCAACUAACCAGACAAGCAAUCCAGCAAAAAGUAAUCACUUUCAUGAACAUUUUCAAAAUGAACGUCAUAACGGCCGCUGCUCAUCGCGAGAUCAAGAAAAUGUUUUGAAUAAACGUCAACAUUCAGG